AUGGAGUUGCUGAGGAAAGACAAAGGACCGAGUCUUGGCCAAAUGGUUGGAUACUACGCGAGCGAUGAACUUUGGGCCGCCAUGUUGGCUUUUCGAAAGGCGGUCAAAGAUAGCGGUGGUACAGCGUUUGAACGUGCUUAUGGAUUGAAUCUGUAUGACUACAUUUACAGAGCUGAGGAAAUGGAGUAUUUUGCUCCCACGAGGUCAGGAGAUAUGGUUUCUGACAUGGGUAUGAAACAGAGGAGAUCAGAAUUCGUACACAAUUACAAUCGUGCAAUGAUCACAUUGUCCAAGAUGGAUUUGGACAGCGCGCAGCCAACUUUGUUUAUAGUGUAUCCCUGGGUCAAGAGCGAUCGAAUCAUGGACAUUGGGGGAAGAAAGAGUCAGUUUUUAUCGCAGAGACUGUGAACAUAUUAAAGGAGUAUUAAUUGACUUUCCCGAUGUAGUCGAGCGUGCCAAAUUGUUCCUAGCCAAAGGAAUGUACCAGAUCACAGAGUGACAUUGCUGAAAGGAGACAUCCUGGAUGGAAUUCCGAAAGGCAAAGAGGUAGAUACAAUCAUUGCGAAAAAUUUAUUUGUAAUUUUUACAGAAGAUGGGAUGGUAAAAGUUUUGGAAAACUGUCGUCAAGUUCUUGCUGCACAUCGCAAAUUUAUUAUUGUUAACAGUUGCAACCCUGAAGCGAAAGAUACGGAGCAUAAUGUUAACAAAACUGGUUUACAUCUGGAUUUUCGUGGCAUUCAUAUCAUGGCAAUGAGUAUGAUGGGACAUUUCAGAACGAAGAGUGAGUGGCUGAACUUGAUUGACAGGUUAUGCAAGAAAGUGGCCUUUCGACUAAACGCAGUCUAUGAGACUGGUGAUGGUCCUACAUUAUUUGAGCUGCUAAAUUGCGAAUAG